AGAACAGUGAGGUUACGAUAGUAACCUAUUUUUUAAUUAAAAUCAAUGGGAAAUAAUACUUUCAUUGUUCUUAGAGAAUACCUAAGUGUAUAGGUACCUAAAGAAAAAAGAAAAAAAAACCAUUGGCACUGAUUAGGAAAAAGCGAUUUUAGGUUAUGUUUAUUGUUUAAACUUCAAAAGAGCUUUUGGAAUGAAAUUUAAAUUUGGUAAUUGAUGUUGACUGAAAUAUGGGUGUCAUUAGAAAAACAUUAAAUUGGUACGCUAGACUUUCGCCAAGCCACGGAAUUUCGCCACCACCUUACAAACAUGUAGUUCAAAUUGGGGACCCAACAUUACGUAGAGUUUCUGAGUCGGUAUCUUUAGAAAAGAUAAGAACAAAAGAAAUUCAAGGUGUAAUUGAAAAGCUCAAACAAGUGAUGUACAGAUAUGGUAGUGUAGGCAUGGCGGCGCCGCAGGUUGGCGUUAAUUUAAGAAUAUUUGUGAUGAGGCUUACAGACAAGCAAAUAUCAGACAUAUCGGCAGAAGUUAUUAAAGAUAGGGAUAUAACUGCCGUACCGUAUACUGUUUAUGUAAAUCCUCAAUUAAAAGUUGUGGAUUAUCAGAAAGUUGUACAUCCAGAGGGAUGUGAAAGUAUCAAGUUCUUCAAAGCAGAGGUAGCUAGAUACAAUGCAGUCCAGAUUACAGGAUACAAUCCAGAAGGAGAGUCAAUAUGCCAACUAUACAAGGGCUGGGCAGCUCGAAUAGCUCAACACGAGAUGGACCAUCUAGAUGGCAAGCUGUACACAGAUAUUAUGGACAGGAAGAGCUUAUGCUGUACUUUGUGGGAGGAAGUUAAUAUGGCAAAAGGGAAAGUAGCAAUACCAUUCUCUCCUGAAUAACCAUAACGUUUUACUGUAUUACUAGAAAUAAAUAAUAGUUCUGUAAAUAUUAA